UCCGAUGUGUUGUAUUGUAUUGUAGUAGCGGCGGCCGACAUUUUCUCUCGAAACGACAGUUUUAAAAUGCAAAUUUAUCCUUACGAGAGAGAGAGAGAGAAAAAAAAAAUGUUUCGAACAAUAAAACAAUAUCCCUAUACUAACCUAUUUACUGUACAUUCAAACAUUUGUUCGAGAAAUAAAUUUUAAACGGGAAAUAACCUUAUUUUAAUCCUUUUUUUUCUUUUACUCCUAAAAUUUUAAAUUCUAGACAUUCAGUUAUACCAAGGUCUAAGGUACCGAGUAAGUUUUUUUUUAAAAUUUGUUAAUUAAAUUAUAACAAACAACUGUGCGUCGAAUAUAAAGAAACACUUAGAUAUAUAUUUCGGAAGUAUUCCGCGAUACGUUUGUAAUUUUUACAAGUAAAUAUAACCGUAAAUCAUACAUUAAACUAAAGUUAUUUAGUUUUUCGUCGUCAUGGCUAAAAUAAUACCAGAUUCAAAGUUUAAAAAUAAUGAGGCGUGGUUUAUUUCGUAACUAUGACAAUACGAUGUUUGAUUCAGGUGUGUCUAGAUAUUUCUCCGAAGCAUUAAAAUGGCCUUUUCCUCUUUUUCAAACCCGAUACGCGCUAGAGAAAAUGAAAUAAAUCACACCCGCCAGCAUUUACAAAAUACGUGAUUGACGUUAUCUACAAUAGAAAGUGUACCAAACGCGUCGGCGGUGGAACGAAUGCACGUAACAAAACGCACGGAAAAGUUACGCAUUCCAUAAUCGUCCAACAAAAUGACACACUAACUCAGAAACUUUGACAUUCAAAUAUGUUUACGGGAAUUUUUUUUUUCUCUCUUUCUAAUAAGGAAAAAUAAGAGAGAGAAUAAAAUAAAAAAUAAAAGGGAACAAUCAUCCGCGGCGCUUUCAUAACAAGCCUAUAAGAACUACCUCCACCAAAUUGGUUAAUUUCGCCAGGGGGCACUUUUAGAAACGACGACCUCCGGAACGAGAUUUCUACCGAGAGGUGGCGCUCCGGGACCACGUGCUGGUGCCGCGGCCGUAGACGACACAAGCGCAGAGUCAGCUCGCGCGCAAUCUCAUCCCGUACAUGUCUGUGAAAUCGGUUUCGGAGGAAAGGAACAUACGCAAAAUGGGGCCAAACUGCAUCGGUAUCGUACUGUGUCGGCGGUCGAGCGACGACCUGUCUUCGUCUCACGACAAAUCGUCCACCACCCUUUCGGGUCCGGGACCUCCCUUCGACGGAUACCUGAUGUACGAAGAGUUGGUACACGAGAACAUGCAGUGCUUCUGGAAUCCGUGCUUGCUUCAGAGUAUGGCCAAACUACACUACCGAGGAUACCUGGUACCCGACACAAUCCUUGUUGACGGAUCGGAAUAUACCAUAGAAGUCGUCAGAUCGGCUUGGAGGAGGAGGGUGUUGCUCCCACCCCAGGGCUACGAGAUCGAAUCCGUAGGUGAUAUCGAUCACAUCUCAGUCACGCCCAUACCCCAAACCCAAUUCGCUCCCCUGCCAGAGGCCGUUUGCAAAGUCAUCUACGAUUUGAAUUCCGAGGGCACGCUAGCUACUUGUGACGUCAUCGCAGCCAAAUUGGAGACGUCGUUCCCCUGUAUGGCCGUGCCGGGAGAUAGCAUCCUGUACAGAUGUCUCGGGGAACUGAUUCGAGAAAGGAAAUUGUACCACAAUGGUCACGGUUACUCGGUCGUGACUCCAGAUACCUAUCGACGAACCGCUGUUUUGCCCGGUCCGGACAGGCAGUUGCUAAUGACCAACGAAGAAGCCAUCAUGAGGAUGCACGCCCCCAGCAGGUCGACUUCGGUUCAGACCGAUCGAGCACUCAGCACUUGGUCCAGCGCCGACAGGAUCGUCACCUCUAGCCCCACCGAACAAAAAUUAAAGAGGAGCUACUCCCUCAGGAUACUGAGGCCCAGAGACGUUCACGCCAACAGGUCGUCCACGGAAACUACCAAAAAAGAAAAGGUUUCCGUGUUCAGCCGUUGGUUUCGAAGGAAAAAUCACAAACACGAACCCCCGCCCUCAACUGCUACGACAGAAGUUACGCUUCACUCCAGAUCGACGCAAACCAAGGGAAGAUCAAGGAGCGUGGGAAGAUCGUCGAGCCGGAGUAGUUAUCGAGAUGCGAGUCCGAGCCAAACAGGAUCGAGAUCUGCCAGCCUUCCCAGACGAACCUCUUCCCAAAAAGCUUGCCCUCUUCACGGAGGAAGCGUCAGGAAGACUCGCCCCGUAACCUACAACGGUUACAGGGAGGGAUGGAGCGAGAAGCUCAACAACGGCGACUUGGCCAGGAGGGAAAACAAGCCGCUCAACAUCACCAACAACGAGUUUCGCAGAUUGACGUCACCUCCCCAAAGCCCGGGGUGGAAUUCUCCGGCUUCGGUACUGGUGGAUAGAUUGUUGCAUCCCUCGUAUAACUUUAAAAAUGGCGUCAACAAACCGGUGGAAGAGAACGCCAAAAGGGCCGAAGUCGGAUCGACCGAUUGCAAACCAGUUUCCAAACCGACCCCCAUCAUCGGCAACUCCAUUGACGUGGAAAUGACAUUCGAUGGUAAAACCAGGGUUCCUUCCGUCGUUAGCAAUAUCGAAACCUCGUGGAACCAGACGCUACGUCCGGGAACCACCACCAUAGUCACUAACGUCAGCACUAACGUCUCGAGGGUGACCAAAGACAAAAACACCGAUACUCCCGUUAAAAGUAAACUAGCAGAAGCCAAGGCUGCCUUCUUUUCCGACAAACAGACGGACUGUAAAGACGACAGUGGUUUCUCUUCGGUUUCAAGCCAGCCCGUUAGUGUUGCCCUGUGACGUGUGCCAUAUCGAUCACGUAGACACAUUUUUCUGACCGAGUGAUCGUGAUUCUGGUAAUCCGAUCACUCGGCCUCGAAUUAUAUAUAUAUAUAUAAAGAUUUUUUUUUAAAAAAUCACGUGAUUUCAUGCAAACAUUUAAAAUUCAAAUUUUAUUCACACCGAAAUAUGUCUUCCAUUAUCUGCGUUACUAACCUCCUUCUCCCCCCUUUUUUUUUCCGUCAUCCAAUGAACUAUACGUGAUUAUAUUUCGAUUGAGGAUGGAUUCCUCGUUAAAUAUAUUGUUUUUAUUUUCAUGUAUACUCUGAUGGGAAUUAUUGUAUACUAACUUAUUUUUAUAAAAAUAAAAAUCCUACAAUGUAUUAUAAAUCA